UUCCACUUGAAACUCAGUUCGUUCGAGAAGCUAGCGGAGAUCAGUUAUAGUCGCCCGUUGUGCCAGUCAACAUGCGUGCAAAGUUUCUUAUCGUCUUCGGUGUUCUGUACACUGGCUUCUUAACUCCAGCAGUUAAGGGAAAGACGUUCGAAUGCGAUAACCCGGAUUACACCCAGAGUGCUAAUUUUACCAAUGUGGUCAUAACGCAAUCUUCAAACUAUGCCUUGACAUGCAGGUACAGGGAAGGAUAUAAGCAUUUUAUCUACUUUCACUCGUCGCAAAUGGAAGAUAUUCCAAGGAAGCUUUUCCAAACGUUCCACGCGCAACAGGUAGUGCUCAGUGACUGUGGCAUUCAACAAAUUUCUCGCUACAGCCUGGAGAGUGCAGCUCAACUGCUAGUGCUGGAUCUGUCCCACAACCGUAUAGCGGAAUUGAAGAACUUUGCCUUCGAGGGUGCCAAUCAGCUGCUUACGCUCAACCUAACCGCAAACAACAUCAGCGUUAUCGAGGAGCGGGCUUUCGACUCGCUGAACAUGCUGAAGCUGCUACUAUUGGGAAGCAAUACUCUACAAGUUCUAGAUGGGCGCUUAUUUGCGUCGCUAUCUGCACUCGAGGGUGUUGUUCUGGCGAACAAUCAGUUGCGUGAACUGGGGAAAGGAUUGUUCACUCAAAACGAAGCUCUUCGAGAAAUUCAUUUGCAAAACAAUCAGCUAUCGAACGUUACGGAAGAAGCCUUCUGGAACACUGACGAGGCAGUUGGUGUCAAUCUAGAUGAGCUUAUAUUGAACAAAAACAUUCUUAAACAGCUCAGCCUUCCAAAUGCUAUUGUAAGAAAGCUGAAAGUGAUCAACAACCUGCUGACUGAGCUGCAGAUAUCGCCGGCGGUUGAAGAACUCUAUUGUUCGCAUAACAAGCUCUCAGAAGUUGUGAUCGAUGAUGCUUCCGUGCCACAGCUACAUACACUGGACAUAACGAACAAUUCGGUUUCAUCGCUCGAAUCUAUUGCGCCGUUUCGCCAACUGCACACCUUAUAUCUUGGCGUCAACCCGUUGAAUCCACUGAACUUGAGCAGUUUUGCAACUUUCACGCAGUUAAAGAAUCUUGGUUUGGAGCAGACCUACAUUGCGAACCUACGCCAUGGCAUGUUUGGCCACCAGGAGCAGCUGGAGUGGCUCGAUUUGGCAUUUAACGAGCUGGCGGAGUUGGAUUUGGAUAUUUUAACUUCCUGCACCAAGCUGGAAACCCUCUACCUGGAUGGCAAUCGGUUAAAGUCAAUCGACUACGAGCAGAUGAAAACGCAUUUCCCUCAGCUGACGGUGCUCGGUAUCGCCGGAAAUGACUGGAACUGUACGUAUCUGACCAAACUUGUGCGCUCCUGUAGUGCACAAUCGAUAAAGAUUUUCAAAGAAACUAGACUGAAAGCACAGCCCGAUCAACCGAACGUGAAAGGCAUUAGCUGUCUGGAUGAUAAACACAAGACCCGUAAUUGGACGGCCACGAUUGAGGAGCUUCACACUGCGUACAACGAGAGUGGAAGAUCGGACGAUGUCGCUCUUACAGAACUGUUCCAGAGCAUAAUGGCGGAUGUGAAACGUUACGGAGAUGAUCACUCCAGAUCGAUCAACCAAACGUCCCGUCUCGAGGCAGCGCUGUUCGAUUUGACGAAGCAACAAUUUCUGCUGCAAGCAAAUCUCAAUGCACUUCGCGAAUCACAGCUCAAGCUGGAGCUCACGCAGCUAUCCAAUCGUACCAACGAUUCUUCUUACAGCAGCGAAGAGCUGAAGCGCAUGAUAGAGAGCGUUAACAAUUUGACGCUCGAUAAGCAGGAGCUCACUGCGAAAAAGUUAGAGUUCAGCAUCUACGAGCAGUCGUUCAAAGUGGAUAAGGCGCUCGAGAUGGCGAAGGAGAUCGGUGCGAAGCUCACGAUACUGGACAAACGGAUGGAACAGUGGAUUGGAAACAUCGUCAACUCGGACACGACCGGUCUCUAUCUUGCAAAACCGCAAAUACAAGCUCAGCGUGGGAACGAAGAGCCGCGCGGUGAUGGUGGCCAUGGUUUAAUCAUCACAGCGAUGCUGGUACUAGUCGUGGCCGUGGUGUGCGUUUUGGGAUAUCUGGUGUAUGAGAGAAGAAGAUAUCGCUCGCACUGGCUGAAUCGUGCGCGUGAUAUUCGUGAAGGAGGCAGUUUGACAACCAUUGUGGAAAACCAAAUUUGAGAGCGCGUCGGUGACUCGCCACUCUCCUUA